UCAAUGCAUUCUUUUGCAUCUUAAGAGUCUCCUUUACAUUGGGACUGUUUUCAGAAGAAUCAAAGGAAUAAGCAAACCUGGGAGAAGUUUGAUUUCAACUCUGCCCUUUUAUAUAUCAUUUAAAAUAGCCAGUUGUUAAAUUGUUUAUCAUUUCUCUCUCUGUGAAAAUUAAAAUGCUCUGGAAUGCCCCAAGGAACUCAAAAUGAUAUCAUCAUAAACAUGAACAGUUUUCUUCAUCAUCAUGUGAUUAAAAAAAUCUUCAGAGUGCUUUACAGAUUGCUGAAAGUUGCUCAUAUAACUGGGGUUUCAAAGUUUCAGUUGCUAAAUCAUGUUUUAUGUUGUUUACACAAAAGAAAGCAUCAAUUAACAUCAACUUAUUUCUAUAUGGAUAACCGUUAGAGAGAGAGAGAGAGCCAGAAUUCAAAUAUUUAGGGUUAUGGUGGAGUUGUCAUAUAAAGCACAUAAAAACAAAAUGUAAAAAAAGCUUUAAACUUCAUUAGGAAUUUAUGUGGUUAUGACCGGGAGCCUGAUAAACUAUCACUGUUAAAUAUAUACUGGGAACUAAUAAGAUCCACUUCUGAUUAUGGAUGCAUUUUAUAUGGAAAAGCAUGUAAAACUACUUUUAAGUGUUUUAAGUGAAUGCUGGGAGUUUAAUGACAGAGGUUUUGGACAGAAUAUAGGUAGAUUGCAGAAAAGAUGGUCUGAAAGAGUCUAUCUGUUGUUUUAAGAUCCGUAUGUUAACUUACCGCUCCUAGAAGAAAAGAAGAACUGUAACAGAUGACAUUCAUCAUAUUGUUAAAGAUCGCGUUCAAAGACAAUUGAUUUUUGACAGUAUAUACAGACGGUUCAAAGAAUCCUGAUGAUGGAUGUGUCAGAAUUGGUUCCCACUGCAACCAUUUUUGGUCUUCAGUGGAUAGAGCAGGUACAGCCAUAAAAAAUAGUCAUUUGCUCAGAUUCAGCAGCAGCUCUCAGAGGUUCAUCAUCAAGGCAAAUAGUCAGAGAAGAUCUCAUGAUAGAAAUUCACAUUAUGCUUUUAAAAUGACAAAGGAUGGGUAUAGAAGUGCAGUUUUGUUGGGUCCCUGUUCAUAUGGAGUUAAAGGUAAUGAACAAGCACAUAAACUGGCAAAGCCUCUUAAAGUAUGUAAGGGGAGAGGCAAGAACAGCUAUAAUUAGCAGAAACAAUGGGAUACACACAAUAAAGAGACAUUAUUAUAAUAUACAGAAGUCGGUUCAUGUUCAACAGUUUAAAGGAGGAUAUAGUAACCACAGAGAGGUUCAUGCAGGUUUUCACUCCACGUUAUAUGUAAUGUGGAAAAGUCAAUCAAAUCUGUGUCUGUGGAAGAUGUAGAACACAUUAUCAUGCAUUGUAGUAAAUAUAAUUCAGAGAUAUAGAAAUAAAAUCACUACUGAGCUCAGGACACGACUUCAGGGAAAUCAGAAGGGUUUCAGUAGAUUAUAUAAUACAGGCAGGAUCAGUAAAUAGGGUGUGAUUUAUUUAUUUAUUUGUUCUUCUGUAGACUAAUCAGUAUUCAGAUAAUCUAAUGGCAUUAACCUACACACCCCGAGACAGUAGGUGGAGAUAUGCACCUUGAAAGCAGGUUUGCGAUCCGCCAAUAAACACAAAGGAGAAGAAGGUUCCGUUUCCUCCGUAGCCUCCUCAUGCUCCUCACUUCGCCGUUUUCAUCUCCGACGGUAAGUUGUGUUGAAAAAUGCUGCAGCGCUUUUUUGUUAAUUGUUUUCUUUAGAUAUUGAACCGUUUAUGUUGUUACCUUUAAUGCAUAUUGUUUACCCUUAAUACCGUUACGUUACCGAGCUGCUCUGUGUUUUGUUUUGUUUUUUUGGACCGUUAAUAUACGUUAUGUAGUUAUUUUCAUUUAACUUUCAGGGCGUCAUUUGAAUUACAGCAGGCUGCGCUCCUCUGCCUCUGAUUGGCUCGGCGUGAUGACGUUUCUCUCGCUGACAGAACAGGAAGUUUUGUUCUAUUUUUCUACUGUUUUCGGCUAAUUCGUUCGAAUUUGUUAAGCCGUAAUAAUUUCUUCUAAAUGCAGUCCAUUUGUUCACAGCAUAGGUAGCAACCUGGGUGCUGAGGAGUGAAAUCUGCACAGUGCUGUUUUGCAUUGCUGAGGGAGCAGAGGAGAAGACCAGAAGGCAAUAAAUGGGUGAUUUUGUCUUCUGCAGGAGCAAAUAAAUCCUUGAGUCGUCCCUCUCCAUGCCCUACUGACAUCCGUUACAACAACAGUCUUCACUCAGUGAACCGGGGAGUCAUCUCAGGCACCAUAAAGAAGAGAUCUACAGUUGAAGAUGGAUGUAACCAACAUGUAAUGUAGUACAAGAGCUGUCAGCCUCCAUUCACUGCAGAAACACGUUGUUUAGAUCAGUGAAACUCAGACAGUCGUUGACACUGAGAGUUAGAAUGGAGCAGAAAGGAGUCCAGCUGGAUCGAGAAACCUUCUCUUGUUCGAUCUGUCUGGAUCUACUGAAGGAUCCGGUGACUAUUCCCUGUGGACACAGCUACUGCAUGAGCUGUAUUAAAACACACUGGGAUGGAGAGGAUCAGAGGAAGAUCUACAGCUGCCCUCAGUGCAGACAGACCUUCACACCGAGGCCUGUCCUGGUGAAAAACACCAUGUUAGCAGCUUUAGUGGAGCAGCUGAAGAAGACUGGACUCCAAGCUGCUCCUGCUGAUCACUGCUUUGCUGGACCUGAAGAUGUGGCCUGUGAUGUCUGCACUGGGAGGAAGCGGAAAGCCCUCAAGUCCUGUUUGACUUGUCCGGCUUCUUACUGUGAGAAUCACCUUCAGCCUCAUUAUGAUGCACCUCCAUUAAAGAAACACAAGCUGGUCGACCCCUCAGAGAAGCUCCAGGAGAACAUCUGCUCUCGUCAUGAUGAGGUGAUGAAGAUGUUCUGUCGUACUGAUCAGCAGAGUAUCUGUUAUAUCUGUUCUGUGGAUGAACAUAAAGGCCACGACACAGUCUCAGCUGCAGCUGAAAGGACUGAGAGGCAGAGAGAGCUCGAGGUGAGUCGACAAAACAUCCAGCAGAGAAUCCAGGACAGAGAGAAAGAUGUGAAGCUGCUUCAACAGAAGGUGGAGGCCGUCAGUCACUCUGCUGAUAAAGCAGUGGAGGACAGUGAGAAGAUCUUCACUGAGCUGAUCCGUCUCAUCCAGAAAAGAAGCUCUGAUAUGAAGCAGCAGAUCAGAUCCCAGCAGGAAACUGAAGUGAGUCGAGUCAAAGUGCUUAUGAAGAAGUUGGAGCAGGAGAUCACUGAGCUGAAGAGGAAAGACGCUGAAUUGAAGCAGUUCUCACACACAGAGGAUCACAUCCAGUUUCUACUCAACUACCCCUCACUGUCACAACUCAGUGCAUCUACAGACUCAUCCAGCAUCAAUAUCCGUCCUCUGAGAUACUUUGAGGAUGUGACAGCAGCUGUGUCACAGCUCAGAGAUCAACUACGGGACAUCCUGAGGGAGAAAUGGACAAACAUCUCACUGACGGUGGCUAAAGUGGACGUUUUACUGUCACAACGAGAACCCACGACCAGAACUGGAUUCUUAAAUUAUUCACAAGAAAUCACUCUGGAUCCAAACACAGCAUACACAUAUGUGUUAUUAUCCAAGGGGAACAGAAAAGGAGAAUUUAGGGGACAACAGCCUUAUUCUAGUCACCCAGACAGAUUCACUAAUUGGUGUCAGGUCCUGAGUAGAGAGAGUCUGACUGGACGUUGUUACUGGGAGGUGAAGAAGAGAGGAAGAGCAGUUGGUAUAGCAGUGGCAUACAAGGAUAUCAGCAGAGCAGGAGGCUCGAAUGAAUGUGGAUUUGGAUUCAAUGACAAAUCUUGGUCUUUAAGAUGUGACACUAACGGUAAUGAAUUUUGGUUCAACAGUAUCUUAACUCCCGUCUCAUGUCCUCAGUCCUCCAGAAUAGGAGUGUACCUGGAUCACAGAGCAGGUAUUCUGUCCUUCUACAGCAUCUCUGAAACCAUGACUCUCCUCCACAGAGUCCAGACCACAUUCACUCAGCCUCUCUAUGCUGGACUUUGUUUUUAUGAUAAUGGGGUCACAGCUGAGUUCUGUGAACUCAAAUAGACAGAAGUCAUUUCAGACUUCAUGUGUCAGAUUCUGUGUUGUAAUUCUUCAUUUUUUGUCUCCAU